CCCUCUUCUUCUACCUCACCUGUAUCGCAGGUUACUGUCCGGCCGCUGGCGGGCACAGCGCUCGUGGCUUCGGCACUUUGUGGAAAUAUUUCCAUUGAUUCAUUGAAGAGUGAGCAUCCGCCCCGACACCGAGGCUCUCUAGACCGGUGAGCUUCCUCAUCAGCGGCAGACGUUCUCCCCAUCUGCUGCCCGGCACGCUAAACACUCCCUCCCCCCUGCCCCCCCCCCUCCCGGCUCCCUGUACCCACCCCACCCACCCUGGCUAAUUCCCUGGGGGAGCGGCCAGCGACACAACGGUGCGAACGGCACAGACAGGACUCGCACAGCCUCCCCCGCUGCCUUUGCCCCAUUGCUAGCUACUUAGCAGCGUGUGCCCCCCCCUGUGUCACCAUUCCCUGCUUUGGGGCUAAAGAUUCCAGCUACAUGGGCAAGCGAUUGGAGCAGCAGCCAAUGUACCCUCAGUACACCUACUACUACCCCCACUAUCUCCAGACCAAGCAGUCCUAUGCUCCACCCCCUCAUCCCAUGGCUCCUCCCAGCCCGAGCACCAACAGCUGCAGCCAGGGAGGGGCGGAGCAGCUGAGUAAGACCAACCUGUACAUCCGAGGCCUGCCGCCCGGGACCACCGACCAGGACCUCAUCAAACUCUGCCAACCGUAUGGAAAAAUUGUGUCAACCAAGGCCAUCCUGGAUAAAAACACCAACCAGUGCAAAGGCUAUGGCUUUGUGGAUUUUGACAGCCCAGCUGCAGCGCAGAAGGCCGUGUCCUCCCUCAAAGCCACCGGGGUGCAGGCCCAAAUGGCCAAGGCCCUGCAGCAACAGGAGCAGGACCCCACCAACCUGUACAUCUCCAACCUGCCGGUGUCAAUGGAUGAGCAGGAGCUGGAGAACAUGCUGAAGCCUCUGGGUCACGUCAUCUCCACGAGGAUACUGAGGGAUGCCAACGGGGUCAGCAGAGGAGUCGGCUUCGCCAGGAUGGAGUCCACAGAGAAAUGUGAAGUAGUGAUACAGCAUUUCAACGGCAAAUACCUGAAAACCCCACCCGGCAUUCCAGCUCCCACGGAGCCUUUGCUGUGCAAAUUUGCCGACGGAGGGCAGAAGAAACGCCAGAGCCAGAGCAAGUACCCUCAGAACGGGAGGCCGUGGCACAGAGAAGGCGAGACUGGCAUGGCGUUAACAUAUGAUCCGGCUGCAAUGCAGAACGGGUUCUACUCCUCGCCUUACAGCAUCGCCACCAACCGCAUGAUUGCACAGACCUCCAUCACGCCCUUCAUCGCUGCUUCGCCCGUUUCCACAUAUCAGGUCCAGAGUACGUCAUGGAUGCCUCAUCAACAAUAUGUUAUGCAACCUACAGGUGCAGUGAUCACUCCAGCCAUGGACCACACUAUGUCCAUGCAGCCUGCCAGCAUGAUGGGCCCUCUGGCCCAGCAGAUGAACCACCUGUCCCUGGGCACUACAGGAAGUUACAUGACUGCUGCAGCUGCUGGGGCGCCUAUGCAAGGGACCUACAUUCCCCAGUACACUCCUGUGCCUCCUACAGCCGUCCCUGUCGAAGGAGUGGUGACGGACGCCUCCCCCCAGACAGUGGCUCCCUCGUCACAGGAGGUGGCUGGCCAGCAGCAACAGAUCCAGGUGGACAGUGCUGGCGACCACGUUCCUGCUUACUCAUACCAGUCCAAAUAGCAACGGCCUGAGCGAAUGUUCCUGUGACAGCGAUGCCUUGAGACAGAAGGUGGCUGCACUGUGUUUGUGAGGAAAAGAGAAAAAGAAAGAGAUUGCUUCCAGAUUGCCCAGGCACCAAAAAAAAGACACUUUUUUUCAUUUCCUACCUGGCCUACGAGAAAAAAAGACAACAAAAAAAAGGGGGAGAAGGAGGCAAAGAGGGCAGUGGAAGUGGGUGAGGGAAAAUUGCUGGGCACAGUGCAAAGAGGUGGAAUUGUUUAGUAUGGGAACCUGCCGGAAGAGCCGGGCUGAAGCUUGAAAAGUUUCUCAAAGAAAAUUCUCAACCAAUAAAAUAAAAAAAAAGAAAGAAAAAAAAAAAAGGUUGAAUGCGCAAGUAGGCGAUGAAGUUUAUUUUGUAAUUAGAAAACGGGAGUCAAGUUUGAGAUACACACAGAGAUUGUCUUCCUCAGAUAUUAAGCUACAAUUUCUUUUCACUCUUUUUUAUGUUCUAGUGUUACAUUUUACUUUUCUAGAUAUAUUCAAAAA